AUGAAACUUAUCUUUGUAUCUAUUCUAUUAUGUGCGACUAUUUAUGUCGCUUGUGGUUUAAAAUUACUUGCAUCAUCAUCACGUCAAUUAAAUCGUCGAGAAACUAAAUUAAUCAAACGAUUAGUCAAACGACAAGCACUUAGUGAUUCAAAGUGUGAUCGUCGUAGUUGUAAGACUCCAAAUUGUGGCAAAGAUUUUGUAGCAGCUGCUUUACCUGGAGAAUGUUGUGAAAAAUGUGUACCAUGGGAAUAUGCUUCAAGUUUAGGUAUUCAAUAUCCACAAGCACCAACACAACCAGUUUACGAUCCUCGAACACAACAAGGUUAUCAAUAUAAUCAAUAUCCAUAUAAUCAACCACAACAAAAUCAACCACAACAAAAUCAACCACAACAAUAUCAACCACAACAAUUUCAACCACAACGUGUUGAUGUAUACAUAUUUGGACCUGAUGAUGGUGCUCGUGCAUCAACUGGACAAAGUAUUUAUUUUGAUUGUGAAGUUGUUUCACCUUAUAAUCAAUAUGCUCAACCACGUUGGUCACGAUCUGGAAAUCAGCCAUUACAAUACAAAGUACAGAGUACGAUUCUUCCAGGCAAUCGCAAACUUGCACGAUUAACAAUUCCUGAUGCUACUCAAAGUGAUGCGGGUCGAUAUGAAUGUACUGCUGGUACUGGUAAUCCAAAUGAUCAAGCUUCAAUUGAUUUACAAGUUACUGACGGUGGUUAUUACCCUCGAUCACAACCUCAACCUCAACCACAGCCUCAACCUCAACCACAACCGCAACCACAAUAUCCUCCAUAUGAUCCAUAUAAUCAAUAUCCAUAUAAUCAACCAGGUUACUAUCCACCUCAACCACAACCACAACCUCAACCAGUACCACAACCACAACCAGAACCACAACCGCAACCACAACCACAACCACCUUCUGGUGAUGACGGUGAGAAUGAUGGUGAAUAUACAGGUGGUGAUGACGAUCAAGAAGAACCAGUAGUUGAAACAACAACAACACAAAAACCUACAACGACACCAGCAGCUCCAGAAGAGCCUGCUGAAGGUUAUGAAGAUGAAGGAGAAUAUCCAGAAGAUUAUUCUGAUAGCGAAAAGUAA